CGGAUCCCAUUGGAAUGGGAAUUGGACGCAACCAAUCUCCGUGAAGAUUAUAAGUUCCUGCUGGGAUUCCCAAUCCGGCCUCCAUUUGGUGUCACCAUUCUUGAGAGAGUUUCCUUGUUGUUCGCUCUUAAACGGCCCUCUCUCCUCCCCCCUCCUCUCUCUCUCCAAAGAAGUCUAGAGGUUUAGACUUUACGUGGCUCUCUCUAUCUGUUCAUUAGUCGACGGUUCGUCGGGGGCCGAUUCCCGUGGUUCAUCCUUAUCAAGACUCGCUCUCCUCCUUCCUGUUUCCUUUCCUCUUUUUGUCCUUCUCUCGCCUCCCCGCAUCUUUGCUUUUUUUUUACUCUUUUUUGGUUGAAAUCAUAAAGCCUCCUCCUCCCACAACUUCCCCCCGGGGUUCCCAGACCCGCUCUUUCCCCCCCCCCUCCGCCUGUUUUUUUUGUCGCCUUCCCAACUUCUCUCUUCUACCACUUUCCCCCUUCUUUGUUCUUCUCUCGUAUAUCUUGGCUAUUUCAACCUCGAUGUCUUGCCGCUAAGGAGACAUUUUUUGUUCCACCCUGCCAUCCCCAUUCUCGCCCUCUCGCCCUCUUGAUACCGAAGGAACCUCUUUCCUUCGUAACGGGGAAAUGACGGCGGUGCUGGCGACUCCCCGCGAACAGGCUUCGCAACAGUUCGCCGGCGACCCCUUACGGUCGCCUACUGCGCAGCGCUACUUCCUGGGCGACCACGGCAUCUUGUCCAAAUACCCGAUGCAAAAUGAAUACUCGGCCCGGGAGUGCCCCAGUCCCGUAGCCUCCUCCACACUCUCUUCCAUGCCGCCUUCGCCGAGCUUCCAGCCCGCCCACGAUCAGCUUCCUUACACCCCGAACACCCUCAGCACGCUCUCCCUGGAUGACGACCUGCUACUACCUUCCUACGAUUCAGAAAUUGAAAAGUUGAGGGGUUCCAAGGAUGUGGAGCACGAGACGGAUACGGUCAGCGACGCGUCGGCAGAUGGUGCAUCACAGACCCCGGCAUGGUGCCACAACCCGGCCGCAGAUGAUACCUCGGUGGAAGAGGAACCCUCGAGGCAUGUGGACUAUCUUUCCCACGAGUGGCGUGAAGAGGAUAUCUGGGCAUCCUGGCGCUAUGUCGCUGCGCGGAAGGGAUCCUAUAGCAAUGGGGUUCGGUUGGAGAACGCGUCGUGGAGGACAUGGGCCAAGGCGAAGAACAACCUCGGGACCAUUUCCCCAGAAAGCUUGAAUUGGUUGAAAGAUUGCGAUGUCACAUGGCUCUACGGCCCUCUUAAGACGUCCAGCUCUUGUGAUGCCAUCGCUUCGGAUGCAUCCCCACCUCCGAGUCGUCUAGAUACUCCAAACUCCUUCUUGGAUCCGAAACCGAUUCUGAAGAAGAAGACCAUGUCGGAGACUAUCCUUCAACGGUCGCUUUCCCAACACACUCUACUACAACACGCGGGUGCUAUCCUCAAGGCCCAGGAGGCCGAGAACAACUGGACCCGACCUCCUUUCCCGCGGUCCAACACCGACCUGGACCAGCUACACCAUCGAACUGCGAGCUCUACCUACUCCUUGGGCGGCACACUCACCAAUUCGUCCUGGUCAGGACUAACCUCUCCCAGCGAACGACGUCACAUUCACUUCAAUAACGAGGUCGUACAGUGUAUCGCCGUGGAAGUCAAGGAGAUUGACGAGGACGAAAGCUGGCCCCCUGCCUUUGACGAGGAGUCGUCAUCGGAUGACAGCGUGGUCAUGAUGCGACAGAUCCCCGGCCGCGCCUCCGUCAGCAACCGAAGCACACCUCGCAAUAGCUUCAGUAGUGACAGCAAAACCAUUGCUCCUCUUCCAUCCACCACUCUCAAAUACCGCGGCGAUACUCCGGAACCACGAGAGUCCAUUCUCGAUCGCUGGUCUACUUCCUCCCCAUCAUCUUCCUCCUCCAAAUUAUCCCCAACUCCUUCCGUGGAAACUCUCCGACCCCCUCGGCCGUCGGCCAACUUCCUUCUUGACGAUGAGGAUGAAGACCCCACGUUAGACUUUACCGGUCACUAUACGCAUCAAGAUCAGCCGUGGUUCGUUCCCGAAGAUGAAGACGAGCUUGCCGACCGGCCGCUCCGACGCACCCCGUCGGGCAUGUUCAUGCCCUACGGCGAGGGCGAAGGGGAGCCUGCUAAUCAUGGCCUCUUGGGCCGAGUUGUGGACACGGUCAAUACCGCGCGCGACAUCGCUCAUGUCAUCUGGAACGUGGGCUGGCGCCGAUGACCCUCCCUGUCAGCUUCUCUUGGCGGAUUGGAGCGCUGGCAGGUUUCCCAGCCUGUCGUCAGGAGAAGCACAUCUUGACCCGUAAACGAGUCCGCCCCUUUUGUUUGGUAUAAUACGAAAAUCGGCUGCCUAGAUCUGUGGCGUCGGGCGCUGCAGAUUUUCCGGAGUAAUGGUACGGACAUGAUGAACUGCUUUCUAUAGAUUCCCCCCAAAAGGGAGGAGGAAAAGGUUGGAUCAGGAACACGAACCUCCUCCCUGAUUGGAUCCUUCAUGUAUGAAUGAGAUAUGCACAUAUUUAAUACCACCGGCUUGAAGCCGAGCUCAAAAAUACAAAAUGAGUUCUACGAAAU